AGCGCGCCACCAGCAAGCGCUGGCCCCUCGAGAGGUCAUGUGACCGAGCGGCGGGCGCUGGCGCCCACGUGACCCGAGCGCAUGGCGGCGCCCGGAGAGGCCGGGCCGGGCGGGGCUGGCGCGCGCUUCUUCUGCACGGCGGGCCGCGGCCUGGAGCCCUUCGUGCUGCGCGAGGUGCGCGCGCGGCUGGCGGCCACGCAGGUUGAAUACAUCUCAGGAAAAGUGUUCUUCUCCACCUGCUGUGGCUUGAACAUGCUGAAAAAGUUAAAAUCUGCAGAAAGGAUAUUUCUGCUGGUCAGAAAGCGGCUCCCACUUGCUAGACAUCGAGGAAAGAUACUCCGGGAACUGCAAAGCCUUAUAAGCGACGACCCCGGAAGCUGGCUGGGUGCCGUUUCCAUCUGGAAGAACCUCCUCGAAGCUGAUGCAGAGGGAGAGAAAGUUCCUCUCCGCCACGUUAAGGCCCUGAAGAGGAAAGCGGGGAGCGGCGCUGCCACGGGCGCCGAGAAGCAGAGAGCAGAGGCGUGGGCAGCGGCCGGGCCGCAGGGGCAGCGGGACCCCGCGGGCGCCCAGGGCGGCGUCACCUUCCGCGUGUCCUGCCGCUGCAGCGGGGCCGUGGGCCGGGCGUGCACCGCGCAGCUUCUCCAGGAGGCGGGGCGCGUGCUGGGAGUGGCCCUGAAGAAGCAGUUCGGCUGGCAGGCGGACCUGAGGCGCCCAGGCGUGGAGAUCUUCGUACAUCUGAAUGACAUUUACUCCGUGGUGGGAAUUCCUAUUUUCCGGGCGCCGCUGGCCAGCAGGGCCUACAUCCAGACGGCCGGACUGCGCUCCACCGUCGCCUGGGCGCUGGCCUCGCUCGCGGACAUCCAGGCCGGGGCCUUCGUCCUGGACCCCAUGUGUGGCCUUGGGACAAUCCUCCUGGAAGCUGCCAAGGAGUGGCCGGACGUGUACUACGUGGGCACCGACGUCAGCGAAAAGCAGCUGCUCGGAGCCUCCGAUAACCUGAGGGCUGCUGGCCUGCAGGACAAGGUGGAGCUCCUCCGAGCCUCCGUCACAGGGCUGCCGUGGCCGUCAGGAAGCGUCGACGCCGUGAUUUCCGACGUUCCCUUCGGGAAGAAGUUCCGGCUGGGCGCGGGGCUCGGCCGCGUGCUGCGGGAAAUGCAGAGGGUCCUUCGAGUCGGCGGGACCCUCGUACUGCUACUCAGUGAAGACCCCCAGGGAUGCCUCAGCGGCUGGAACAAGAGCAGCACCACACUGUCCCCUGGAGCAGGACCCGCGGACGAGCAUGGACCAGCAAUGCACUCAGUGGCCAGGGCAGAGACAGAGCCCGACACAGAGAGGACAGAGGUGGGCGUGGCCAGGAAAGAGCCACCUCCUGGGGGCAUGGUCUGUGGAGAGGGUGUGGCCAGGGCAGAGCCACUUCCUGGGGGCAUGGUCUCUGUGGAGGGCGUGGCCAGAGCAGAGCCACCUCCUGGGGGCGUGGUCUGCGGGGAGGAGGGGUCCUUGAUUCUGGUGGAGCAGUUUCCCGUGAGCCUGGGCAAGACCGAGGCCUUCCUGUGCAAGUACAAGAAGGGCCCCCAGCUGGGACCCCCGCUGGCGAGCGGUCAGUGCUUGGCCGUGGGAGAGGAUGUCCUGGAUCGUGUCCGGGACCCAGGCCCACAGGUGCCCCUGCAGGCCUGAGACCAGGCGAGGGUCCAGGUUCCGUCCCUGGACGCUGGUCUGUGCUUCGUGCCCGGGAGGCUUGACGGGUGGGUGCGUCCACGCAGGCAGGACUCGGCCGGCGGGCACAGGGGCUGCUCUGCCUCCCUUUUGGCUGGGAUUCCGGCCGCCCGGUGGUGUUCAGUGGUGCUAGGUCCAACCCGGGUCUCCCACGGGCGGCCUCCCCCAGGGCCCCCGACUAUGGUGCUUGGGCGGAGCCUCCUGUGUCCAGCUGCCCGCUUGGAAGCAGGGCCGGAGCUCAGGGACUGUAAUGCAGGAACCACUGUUCCCUCUGCCGAUAGUAAACUUGGUGUUUGGAACCUGCA